AUGUUCCGCUCAAUUGUUUUAUUGUGUUUGUGUGUGUGCAGUAUUAUGCAUUUAACUAUUGCAGUAACUGACGAACAAAGAGCUCAGAUACAUCAGCAUUUCGAAACGAUCGGCAUGGAAUGUAUUAAGGAUCACACCAUUACUGAAGAGGACAUCGCGAACUUGAGGACCCGUAAGCUGCCAACUAGCGCUGGUGCACCAUGCUUUAUGGCGUGUAUUAUGAGAAAAAUUGGAGUGCUGGACGAUAAAGGACAGAUGCAGAAAGAAAGUGCUUUGGAGCUCGCAAGGUCUGUUUUCCAGGAUGAGGAUGAAGUGAAAAAGAUUAGCGACUAUAUGCACUCAUGUGCCCAUGUAAACUCAGCGCCAGUAGGUGAUGGCGAAAAGGGUUGUGAAAGAGCGUUCCUAGCCUAUAAAUGUAUGAUAGAAAAUGCUCCACAGUUUGGCUUCGACAUCUAG